GGGUUUAUUUAAAAGGAGAGUAACUUCAAGAAAAAGGUUAUACCCAUGGUUUACUGCUGUCUCCAGCCAUGGGUCUUUGGGGCAUACUUUGUUUUUUAAUCUUCCUGGGGAAAUGUUGGGGACAGGAACAAACGUAUGUCAUAUCAGCACCAAAAGUACUUCGUGUUGGAGCAUCUGAAAAUAUUGUAAUUCAAGUUUAUGGAUACACUGAAGCAUUUGAUGCAACAAUCUCCAUUAAAAGUUAUCCAGAUAAAAAAAUUAGUUACGCUUCAGCCUCUGUUACUUUAUCCACAGAAAAUAAAUUCCAAAACUCUGCAAUCUUAACAAUACAACCCAAACAAUUGCCUGGAGGACAAAAUCAAGUUCCAUAUGUGUAUUUGGAUGUUUUAUCAAAGCAUUUUUCAAAAUCAAAAAAAAUGCCAAUAACCUAUGACAAUGGAUUUCUCUUCAUUCAAACAGACAAACCUGUUUACACUCCAGAACAAUCAGUAAAGGUUAGAGUUUAUUCACUGAAUGAUGACUUGAAGCCAGCCAAAAGAGAAAUUGUCUUAACUUUCAUAGAUCCUCAAGGAUCAGGAGUUGACAUUGUAGAAGAAAGUGAUUAUACUGGAAUUAUCUCUUUUCCUGACUUCAAGAUUCCAUCUAAUCCUAGAUAUGGUAUGUGGAAAAUUCAAGCUAAAUAUAAAGAGGACUUUUCAACAACUGGAACUGCAUAUUUUGAAGUUAAAGAAUAUGUGUUGCCACAGUUUUCUAUCUCAAUAGAACCAGAAAAUAGUUUCAUUGGUUAUAAGAACUUUAAUAAUUUUGAAAUUACUAUAAAAGCAAGAUAUUUUUAUAACAAAGUAGUUGCUGAGGCUGAAGUUUUUGUCUCUUUUGGAAUAAAAGAUGACUUACAUGAUGAUAACAAAGAAAUGAUGGAAAAGGCAAUGCGAAGCACAAUGCUGAUAAAUGGAGUUGCUAAAGUCACACUGAACUCCGAAAUGGCAGUUAAAGAAUUGUCCUACAGCAGUCUGGAAGACUUAAACGAUAAGUACCUUUAUAUUGGUGUAACAGUCAUAGAGUCUUCAGGUGGAUUUUCUGAAGAGGCAGAAUUUUCUGCCAUCAAAUAUGUCCUCUCUCCCUACAAACUGAAUUUGGUUGCUACUCCUCUUUUCUUGAGGCCUGGAAUUCCAUAUUCUAUCAAGGUGCAAGUUAAGGAUUCGCUUGAUGAGUUAAUAGGAGGGGUGCCAGUGACCCUGAGUGCACAAACGGUCAGUGACAACCAAGAGACGGCUGAAUUGGAGUCAAAGAAAAGUGUAACAGGUUCCAGUGAUGGAGUAGCUUCAUUUGUGGUGAAUCUCCCAUCUGGAGUGACAGCGCUGGAGUUUACUGUCAGGACCGAUGAUCCAGAUCUUCCAGAAGAAAAUCAGGCCAGCAAAGAUUACAGAGCAGUAACAUACUCAUCUCUCAGCCAAAGUUACCUUUAUAUUGACUGGACUGGAAACUAUAAACCUAUGCUCGUAGGAGAAAAUCUGAAUAUUAUUGUUACCCCCAAAAGUCCAUAUAUUGACAAAAUAACUCACUAUAAUUACUUGAUUUUAUCCAAGGGCAAAAUCGUUCACUUUGGCACAAGGGAGAAACUUCCAGAUUCCCCUUAUCAAAGUAUAAAUGCUCCGGUGACACUGAACAUGGUUCCUUCAGCCCGUAUCCUGGUCUAUUACAUCGUCACAGGAGAGCAGACAGCAGAAUUAGUGUCUGACUCAAUCUGGUUAAAUAUUGAAGAAAAAUGUGGCAACCAGCUUCAGGUUUAUCUGUCUCCAGGUACAGAUUCAUACUCUCCAGGUGAACAUGUAUCUCUUAAUUUGGCAACUCACUCAGACUCCUGGGUGGCGUUAGCAGCAGUGGACAGUGCUAUAUAUGGAGUCCAAAGGAAGGCCAAGAAGUCCCUAGAAAAAGUAUUUCAAGCUUUAGAGAAGAGUGACCUGGGCUGUGGGGCAGGUGGUGGCCGCAACAAUGCAGAGGUAUUCCGCCUGGCUGGACUCACCUUUCUCACCAAUGCAAAUGCAGAUGACACCCAAGAAAAUGAUAAACCUUGUGAAGAAAUUCUCAGGCCAAGAAGAAUGCUGCAAGAGAAAAUAGGGGAACAAGCUGCGCAAUACAAACAUAUGCAAGUGAAAAAAUGCUGUUUUGAUGGAGCUUAUCGUAAUGAUGAUGAAAGCUGUGAACAGCGAGCUGCCCGGAUUAAGUUAGGCCCAAGAUGCAUCCAAGCUUUUUUGAAUUGUUGUACCAUAGCACACCUGUUCCGUGCUGAAGAGUCUCAUAAACAUAUGCAUUUGGGAAGGCUACAUAUACGGCCCCUGGCGCCAGUAACCAAAGCAGAAAUAAGAAGCUAUUUUCCAGAAAGCUGGUUAUGGGAAGUUCAUCGUGUCUCCAGAAGAAAGGAGUUGCAGUUUGUGCUACCUGAUUCUCUAACUACCUGGGAAAUUCAAGGUGUUGGCAUUUCAGACAGUGGUAUAUGUGUUUCUGAUACUGUCAAGACAAAAGUAUUCAAAGAUGUAUUCCUGGAAAUGAAUAUACCAUAUUCUGUUGUACGAGGGGAACAGAUCCAAUUGAAAGGAACUGUUUACAACUAUAGGAUGUCUGGGAUAGGGUUCUGUGUUACAAUGUCUGCUGUGGAGGGAAUCUGUUCGUCAGGAAGCCCAGUCAUCAGCCAUCAGGGGAGAAAGACCUCUAAAUGUCUGCAGCAGAGAGUAGAGGGCUCCUCUAGUCAUUUGGUGACCUUUACUGUGCUUCCUCUGGAAAUCGGCCUCCACAACAUCAACUUUUCACUGGAGACUUCACUGGGAAAAGAAAUCUUAGUAAAAACAUUACGAGUGGUGCCAGAAGGUGUCAAAAAGGAAAGUUAUGCUGGUAUUACUCUGGACCCAAAGGGUAUUUAUGGUGUCGUUAGCAGACAAAAGGAGUUCCCAUACAGGGUACCAUUAGAUUUGGUCCCCAAGACAAAAGUCAAAAGGAUUGUGAGUGUAAAAGGACUACUUAUGGGUGAGGUCAUAUCUGCAGUUCUGAGUCGGGAAGGUAUUGAUAUGCUUGCCAACCUCCCCAAGGGAAAUGCAGAGGCGGAAUUGAUGAGCGUUGUCCCAGUAUUCUAUGUUUAUCACUACCUGGAAGCAGGAGAUCAUUGGAACAUUUUUCAAAAUGCAUUAACCGAAAAACAAUACUUGAAGAGAAAAUUAAAAGAAGGGAUGAUAAGCAUCAUGUCCUACAAAAAUCCUGACUAUUCUUAUAGCAUGUGGAAAGGUGGAGAUGCUAGUACUUGGUUAACAGCUUUUGUUUUAAGAGUACUGGGACAAUUACAUAAAUAUUUACCUCAGGACCAAAACUCAAUUUGUAAUUCUUUAACCUGGUUGGUUGAACAUUGUCAACUAGCAAAUGGAUCUUUCAAGAAAUAUUCCCAUUAUCAACCACUAAAGUUACGGGGAACCUUGUCUACUGAAGCCCAAGAGAGCACCUUAUAUCUUACAGCCUUUACUGUGAUUGGAAUUAGAAAGGCUUUUGAUAUAUGCCCGCUAGUGAAAAUCAACACAGCUCUAAAUGAAGCUGACUCAUUUCUACUUGAAAAUGCCCUCUCAGCCCAGAGCACCUUCACACUGGCCAUUGCUGCUUAUGCUCUUUCCCUGGGAGAUACAACUCACUCACAGUUUCGUUCCAUUGUCUCAGCCCUGAAGAAGAAAGCUUUAGUUAAAGGUAUUUCAUCCAGUUAUCGCUUUUGGAAAGAUGAUCAACAGCCGGAUAGCCCUGUACCUAACACUGGUACAGCACAUAUGGUGGAAACCACUUCCUAUGCUUUACUUACCAUUUUGAACUUGAAUGAUUUGAAUUAUGCUAACCCAAUUAUCAAGUGGCUAUCUGAAGAGCAGAGGUAUGGAGGUGGCUUUUAUUCAACCCAGGAUACAAUUAAUGCCAUCGAGGGCCUGACAGAAUAUUCACUCCUGACUAAAAAACUCCAACUGAAUAUGGAUAUCAGUGUUUCUUACAAGCAUAAAGGUGACUUCUAUCAUUAUAAGAUAACAAAGACGAAUUUCCUUGGAAGACCAGUAGAGGUGCCUCUCAAUGAUGACCUCAUUGUCCGUAGUGGAUAUAGCAGUGGUUUGGCUACAGUGCAUGUAGCAACUGUGGUUCACAAAAUUGGUACCUCUGAGGAAUUUUGCAGCUUUCAUUUGAAAAUUGACACCCAGGACAUGGACGCAUCCAACUUCAGAGACACCUCGGAAUACAAGCGCCUAGUAGCAUGUGCCAGCUACAAACACAGUAAAGAAGAAUCAUCAUCCGGGUCCUCCCAUGCAGUGAUGGAUAUCUCUUUGCCUACUGGAGUCAAUGCAAACACAGAAGACUUAAGAGCUCUUGUAGAAGGGGUGGAUCAAGUAUUAACUGACUACCAAAUCAAAGAUGGGCAUGUUAUUCUGCAACUGGAUUCGAUUCCUUCCAAUGAGUUUGUUUGCGUUCGAUUUCGGAUAGUUGAACUUUUUCAAGUUGGGUUUCUGAAUCCUGCUACUUUCACAGUGUAUGAAUACCACAGACCAGAUAAAAAGUGCACCAUAUUUUAUAGUACCUCCAAUAGCCAACUUCAGAAAGUCUGUGAAGGAGCAACGUGCAAAUGUGUAGAAGCUGACUGUGGACAAAUGCAGCCAGAAUUGGAUUUGACAAUCUCUGCAGAUACUAGAAAAGAAACAGCAUGUAAACCAGAGAUUGCAUAUGCUUAUAAAGUUAGUAUCACAUCCCUCACUGAAGAAAAUGUUUUUGUCAAGUAUACUGCAACCCUCCUGGAUGUCUACAAAGCUGGUGAAGCUGCUGCUGAGAAAGACUCUGAAAUCACCUUCAUUAAAAAGGCAACCUGUGUUAAUGCUAACCUGCAAAAAGGAAGGCAGUAUUUAAUUAUGGGUAAAGAAGCUCUCCAGAUAAAACACAAUUUCAGUAUCAAGUACAUCUACCCUUUAGAUUCCUCCACCUGGAUUGAAUAUUGGCCUACAGACACAAGGUGUCCAUCAUGCCAAACAUUUUUAGCCAAUUUAGAUAUGUUUGCUGAAGACAUCUUUUUAAAUGGCUGCGAAAAUCCCUGAAAAAAGUCAUCGGUGUACAGUUUUCACUAUGAAUUCCUGUUGUUGAAGUUUCUUCCUUUUCUUUUUUUAAACGUUCACAGCUGGUCUUAUUUGGAAAGCUCACUUUACUUAGAAUUAGUGGCACUUGCUUUUAUUAGGGAACGGUUUUAAGAGCUGUAACAUUCUGAAAUAACAUGGCCUUGGGGGCAUGGAGACAGGUACUCAUUCCAAGGUUAUUGGACACCAGAAGCAAUAAAUUGGAACAUCUCCUAAAACCUACCACUCAGGAAUGUUUACUGGGGACAAAAGAAUAGCCCAUUGAAAUGUGGUAUCUUAGAAAAACACGCCCUUGCUUAAAAGAAAAUACCAAGGAAGAGAAAACUGAUCAUUAAAGCCUAACUUUGCUUUCAAAAUGUGCAAAAAAAAGCGGAAAAGCAUGUUAUUUUAUGCUUCACCCACACAAAGACAGGCAAAUUGAGAGGUGGAGAAGGUAGCAGUAGAGAAUCAAGAAGGCCUAACCUUGAAGCCCUCAGCAAACGGAGGAGGUAGGAGAGUUUGCCUUUGCCCUUCCCCUUCUGUUGCCCUCUCCUUUCCCCCUUUCAGGACCUCUAGUUUCUUCCCUUCCCUCCCAGCACAUAUUCAUUUCCCCAGGAACUCACCCUUGCUAAUAAUU